AUGAAGCUCUUCAAAUCGCUUGUCGCGUUUGGCGUGCUCUGCUCCUUAGUGUUCGCGCAUGGUCGGCAAAAGGUCUUGUCGGGUGAAACAGAGCACGUUGAAACUGAAAGUAGCGCAACUGGUGCCCAAACACUGCAACUCUCGUCAAUCCCGUCCGACGAGUUCAUACGCUUCUCUCAUCCUGCGUUUCCCGGAAGGAGUGCAAGGAUCAAGAAGUCCGACUUCUGUGAUGGUGGCGUUGCUUCUUACGCCGGUUACAUCGAUGCUGGUCCGAAGCAUUUCUUCUUCUACUUCUUCGAGAGUAGAAGUAAACCUGAUGAGGAUGAUGUUCUUCUCUGGACAAACGGCGGACCAGGCGGCUCUUCUGCUCUCGGACUCUUCAUGGAACUCGGUCCAUGCCGGAUUGCAAGUCCUAAUAGCACCAAGUAUAACCCGUACUCUUGGAACACGAACGCGAACGUGUUCUUUAUUGACCAACCUAUUGGAACCGGAUUCUCGUAUAAUGAUCUCGGGGAUGUAGUUUCGACGACAGAAGAAGCUGCCCAAGAUGUAGCUGCCUUUGUCGCCAUGUUUUUCGAAACAUUUGAUAAGUUCAAAGGCAGAAAUUUCCAUCUGACUGGAGAAUCAUACGCCGGUCGUUAUCUUCCUGUAUUUGGGGCAGCAGUCUAUGAUCAAAACGCAGUGCUUAUCGAAAAAGGACUCGAGCCUAUAAGUCUCAAGUCGAUAGUAAUCGGAAAUGGAGUAACUGAUUUCUUCUCAGUGCUACGUUCGUAUUAUGACAUGCAAUGCACAAAUGCGGGUAUCGGUCCAUUUCAGCCGAUCUCGACGUGCGUUCGAAUGAAACAAACUGUUCCUCGCUGUGAGAAACGACAGCAGGAGGCAUGCCUCGACCACUUUGACUCGAUUGACUGCACUGCUGCGUUCUCGUUUUGUAUCACAGAGUUUAUGGACCCUUAUCGAAAUGCAGGUUACAACGUUUAUGAUAUGACAAUGAAAUGCAGUGGUUUGGACUGUUAUCCGGAAGAGGAGGACCUCGUUGCGUACUUGAACACUCCAUCCGUACGCAAGUCGCUUGGAGUCACCACUACAAAGAACUUCUCAACGAAUGCUCGGGAGGUCCACGCUGCCUUUUGGUCCACGGCAGAUCAAACUCAGGACUCAAAGCAAUACGUCAUAGAGUUGCUUGCGCGUCAGGUCAAGGUUCUUAUCUAUGCAGGCACACACGACUUCAUUGCAAAUUGGCUAGGCAAUGAGUGGUGGACGCUGAGCCUGGACUGGCCUGGCCGAUCUGCUUUCUCUACUGCUCCUCUUGAGGAAUGGUUGGUGGAUGGUAACCCUGCCGGAAAGUCACGAACGCACGGAAACCUCUCGUUUGUCACAAUAAAUGGGGCCGGUCAUCUUCCGGCCCGCUUCAAAAACAGGAUAUCCUCAAGUUCCCACUGCAUUGAGAUUUUGACAACGAUGAAGCUCGUCAAGUCGCUCGUCGCAUUUGGCCUGCUCUGCCCAUUAGUGUUGGCUCAGAGUCAGCAAAGCUUCCUGUCUGGUGGUGUAGUGAACGUUGAAGUCGAAAGCGCGACUAGUGGUCGAACAAUACAACUCUCGUCGAUCCCGUCCGACGAGUUUACACGUUUCUCGCAUCCUGCGUUUCCUGGAAGGAGUGCAAGAAUCAAGAAGUCAGACUUUUGUGAUGGCGGCGUUGCUUCUUACACCGGUUAUAUCGAUGUUGGUCCGAAGCAUUUCUUCUUCUACUUCUUCGAGAGUAGAAGUAACCCUGAUGAGGAUGAUGUUCUUCUCUGGACAAACGGUGGACCGGGCGGCUCUUCUGCUCUCGGACUCUUCUUAGAACUCGGCCCAUGCCGGAUUGCGAGUCCUAAUAGCACCAAGUACAACCCAUACUCAUGGAAUACGAACGCAAACUUGUUCUUUAUUGAUCAACCAAUUGGAACUGGAUUCUCGUAUAAUGAUCUUGGAGACGUAGCUUCAACGACGGAAGAAGCUGCCCAAGAUAUAGCCGCCUUUGCUGCCAUGUUUUUCGAAACAUUUGAUAAUUUCAAGGGCAGAAAUUUCCAUCUGACUGGAGAAUCAUACGCCGGUCGUUAUCUUCCAUUAUUCGGAGCAGCGGUUUAUGAUCAAAAUUCGUUGCUUAUCGAAAAGGGGCUUGCUCCCAUAAAUCUCAAGUCAAUAGCAAUUGGAAAUGGAAUUACCGAUUACUUCUCAGUUCUACGAUCAUACUAUGACAUGCAAUGCACCAAUGCGGGUAUUGGUCCAUUACAACCAAUCUCGACGUGCAUACCUCGUUGUGAGAAGCAACAGAAGGAAGCAUGCCUCGACCACUUUGACUCGAUUGACUGUUCCGCCGCAUUCUCGUUUUGUAUAACGGAGCUCAUGGGCCCUUAUAAUAGGGCUGGCUACAACGCUUACGAUAUGACAAUGAAAUGUGGUGGUCUGGACUGCUAUCCAGAAGAGAAGGAUCUCGUUACGUACUUAAACACUCCAUCUGUCCACAAGGCUCUUGGCGUCGAUAUUACAAAGAACUUCUCAACAAAUGCUCGGGAGGUCCACGAUGCCUUCUGGUCCACGGCAGAUCAAGCUCAGGAAUCGAAGCAAUACGUCGUUGAGUUACUUGCUCGUCGGGUCAAGGUCCUGAUCUAUGCGGGAACGCAUGACUUCAUUUGUAAUUGGCUAGGCAAUGAGCGGUGGACACUAAGCUUGGACUGGCCUGGCCGAUCCGCCUUCUCCAGCGUUCCUCUUGAGGAAUGGUUCGUGGAUGGUAGUCCUGCGGGUAAGUCACGAAUGCAUGGAAACUUCUCAUUUGCUACAAUAAAUGGGGCUGGUCACCUCGCCCCACACGAUAAACCGGUCGAAUCGCUGGCCUUGAUACAGCGUUGGUUAGCAGACGAACCGUUCUGAGUCGGACUCUCACAGAGAGUACAGCAACUUGGAUGUCUGAAGGAUAUCUAUUAUCUAGGAAAAU